GCAUGUCUGAUCUUUCGUUCUCUCACUAGAAACCCAACACUACACGAGCCGAGACUGCAGCAAAAUUAUUACCCUUCCUUCUUGACUUCUAUUUCCCCCUCCGCCCUUCUUCCUCUUUUUUCCUUCCCGGUUCCCGGGGGAAAGAAAAACCGACCAACUCGAGGAAAGUUCUGGUCUUUGGCGGGUGGCGGGUGGCGGGGAUGAAGGGAGAAGUGAACAGCUACAGUAAGGUGGUGGUAAUGAAGUCCAAGCUCAAAUGGGUUGGAUUGUUUGGACUCAUACUCUCAGCUCUCUCUCUCUUUCUCCAUUUCACUCUCGCCAGAUUCUCCGACCCAGGCGUCUCCGAUUACUACUACCAGUCCUCUUCUUCCAUCACCAUUUUCUCUUGGCGCCCUGUUUUUGAGCUUCCCCUGUUCCUCAGAACUGGCCCAGCUUACAGAAGGCUCUGGGGUCCAGUCAGAAAGCUUGAAUCUUUGCAUCCCUUUGCCAAUCCAAGAGGACCAUAUUCAGGUCCCAGAUCAGAAUCAAGUGGGUAUAUCUUCGUGAGGAUACAAGGUGGUUUCCAUGACAUCAGGAGCUCGAUAUCGGAUGUAGUUGUCGUUGCUCGGAUUUUGAAUGCAACGUUAGUUAUUCCGGAGAUUCAGUCAACCACGAGCAGUAAAGGGAUUAGCUCAGAGUUCAAGAGUUUUGCGUACGUAUACAACGAGGACCAGUUCACGGCAGCAUUGGUAAAAGACGUGAAAGUUGUAAAAACCCUUCCCAAGAGUCUAAAAAAUGCCAGGAGGAAGAAGGAGAUCCCGUCAUUCAGAGUGCCUCGAUCUGCUUCUCCAUAUUACUACUUGCACCAUGUUCUCCCAGUGCUUAAUAAGCAUUCAGUGGCUGAACUUGUUGUAUCUGAUGGUGGAUGCUUGCAGGCUAUCCUUCCUCCCCAUCUUGAAGAAUAUCAGAGGCUGAGAUGUCGAGUAGCUUUCCACGCCUUGGUGUUCCGACAGGAGGUUCAGGAGCUUGCAACUAAAAUUGUGCACAGAUUGCGAGCUCCUGGGAGACCAUUUAUUGCUUAUGAUCCUGGGAUGACAAGAGAAGCUUUGGCAUACUAUGGUUGUGCUGAACUCUUCCAGGAUGUGCACAGUGAACUCAUUCAACACAAGCGAGCAUGGAUGAGAAGACGUGGAAUUUUUAAGGGGAAACUUUCGGUUAACUCCGAGGAACGACGCCUUAAUGGUUCAUGCCCAUUGAUGCCUGAAGAGGUCGGUAUUCUUCUUCGUGCAUAUGGAUAUCCAUGGGACACCAUUAUCUACGUGUCAGGAGGGGAAGUAUUUGGCGGCCAAAGGACACUGACUCCUCUCCAUGCAAUGUUUGAAAACGUGGUGGACAGGACUUCACUGACCGCAUCAUCGGAGCUAACUAGGAUUUAUGGGCGAGAGGUCAACCUUGAUAGCCAAUUUCCGAGGACACCGCCUUCUAUUGUGCAAGUAAAGAAGGCCGAGGCUUGGAGAAAUGCAGGCCCACGUCCUCGUCCUCUUCCACCCCCUCCUGCCCGUCCUAAAUACCCACAUAACAUCGAAGGUUGGUGGGGAUGGGUGGCUGAGAGCGACAAUGAACCAGAGAGUUCGGUUAUGGAGUUGAGGACCAAUGCACAUAAACUACUAUGGGAGGCAAUAGACUACUUGGUUUCGGUUGAAGCCGAUGUCUUUAUCUCUGUAUUUGAUCGUGAUGGGAAAGGGCGUCCGAACUUUGCCAGCUUGGUCAUGGGCCACAGGCUGUACCUUUCGGCAGCCUCCAAAACCUUCCGUCCAGUCAGGAAGGAGGUUGUGAGGCUUCUGGAAGGGAAUCGUGAGCACCUGUACGAAGCAAACAACACGUGGCUGAAAUCUGUUCGCCAGCAUUUCAGGAAGAGCUUGUUCCAUGGUGCUAUGAAUGCGUCAGUAGCCUCGAAACCUUUGUCAUUCCUCUCGCAUCCUGUCCCUGAGUGUUCUUGCGUUGGAAGUGGCAAUAUCGAAGAAGCAUGGACUGUAUCCCAUGAUGCAUCAAGCCCUUCUUCAACCCUAGCUUCACGCACUCAGUCUGCUGCUGCCGCCACCUUGGGUGUCAAGGAACGUUGCCCAAAGUGGAUGAAUGAUGAUAAUGAGACGAGCUCGAGACUGAAGGAAAAGGAAAUUGAUGAGGAUGACGAGGCUGACAAUGACAAUGGUGAUGUAUCGUCAUCUUUUGGCAUGUUCUUCGAACGGAGUAACGAGAGCGACGGCGGAGAAGUAAACAAAGAAGAAGCUGCUCAGUUGGAGGAUCAAGAAGAGUCAGAGUCCGCCGAGUAACCAGCUGGAGAAGUAGAUGUAACUUAACUUAGAGUAGCUGACCAUGAGAGUAUGUACAAAUAUUUUUGGCUUUCUGUACAUUCUUUUUGUCAGAGGGGAAGCAGUUAUUUCUUCUUCCCAGUGUGCACAAUCAAUCACUGUUAUGUAAUGACUGAAGCCUCAACCAUUUGGCUGCGUGAGGUCUAAUUUUUGGUUGUAGCCUGUUUUCUUUGUUACCCUUUUUAUUGAAUUUUGAAUAGCAGUUUGAUUAUCCUGAACAACUUGGCCUGCAGCACUAUAAACUUUGCUAGUGUCUCCAAAGAGGUCAUAUAGAAUUUGAUGGAGCUUAACACGUUUCGCAGUUUGGAUGCAUAUCAAUGGAAUAUGAUCAGCCAAAUUAUACAGAAACUUCCAUGGAUUUGAA